ACAAACAAGAAAAAAGAAAAAUGUUCUGCUAAUUUUUUUUCAACAUCAAGAUGUCCAAACUUGACCUUGUGCAACAAGUUUCCGUCCUCGGCGGCCAUGGGAGUCAACGUCAAGACGUCCAAAACUUGACCUUGUACAGCAAGUUUCCGUCUUCGGCGGCCAUUCGUUCUCGUUGAACAAGAGAUUCAUGAAUGCUUAUGGGCAUAUAAGGGUUUUAGUAAAUCUUCUCACCCUUCACCUCAUCAUCGAAAGUUGUUCUUAUUUGGUCAUUCAUCGUCAAAUAUUCGCCCAGUUCUUUCCAUUUUUUAAACGUUGAUUGAUUGGUUGUUUUCUGCAUCACUUAAGAUUUUCUCUGGCCGUCGCAAGGUCGUUUAGCGGUUCUCAUCUAAACGUCGAUUGUCAUCUAUCAGAUCAAAGGCUCGCUCCAAGGUUCUAUUCUCCUGGAUCGGAUUCUUGCUGCUUCUAAUUUGAGAGAUCUAUUUCUGUUUUAAAUCUUACCUGGGGUCGCUGACGAUCUUGGUUCGCUGAUUUGUACGUGGACGCUAGAGGGAGUUUAACUUGUUGCAGUCUUCUACAAAGAAGACGGCCUCGUUUCUGAUUGCUCGCAAAGAAUAUAGGGGUGGUCAUCGUUUUGGCGGUUUAACUCGUUCGAUCCUAUCUUGAUUAUCUGACCUGAGUCCAGAGGAGAAAAGAAGAAAGAAAAUAGGAAAAUAGCUUGAAAUUGUACUGUUUGAUUUUCUUUUUGGCUUUGGAUUUUUGUACGAGGACCUUAUUUUACCGAGGCCUUUGAUUGUAAUUGGUUUGUUAUCUGCUCUUGUGUUGGUGUUAUCCAUUUCUUUGGAUUGAAAGAAAAAUAUAUCAUGGCCGUGUAUUAUAAAUUUAAUAGUGAAAAAGAUUUUGAUUCAAUUUCUUUGGGGGACUCUCCUUUUAUCUCUGUUGCUAAAUUGAAAGAAAAAAUUUUUCAAGCUAAGCUAUUAUACAGGGGUAAAGAUUGCUACCUUGUGGUCUCCAACGCCCAGACCAAUGAAGAAUAUCUUGAUGAAGAAAUGUUGAUUCCUAAAUACACCUCAGUGUUGAUUCGUCGGGUUCCUGGAUGGCUGUAUGUAACGAUAAUUACUGAAAAAAAGCGAAAGGUGCAAAAUACGGUGGCAGAAACUGAGGCAAAAACAAUUGGCGUAUCAGCUGUUGAUACCUCUUCCAUGAAAUCUGAAAGCAUAUUCUUUUGUAAUUGUAUUUCCUUUACAAACAUUUCUGCUGCAUUUCUAAGGAAAUUUUGUGUUUGCUUACAGUUUGAAGACUCAGAAUGGGAUGACUAUGGUGAUGAGUUGCAUGCAUUUCCCCGUGAAUUACCUAUUCAAUCAAGCAACUUAAUCCCAGAGGUUUCUCAAACAACAAAUAAAGCUGAUGAAGACAGUAAGAUUAAGGCCUUAAUUAAUACCCCACAACUGAAUUGGCAUAGACAAGGUCUUGAUGGUUUCGGCCCCAGUAGAGGUCUUGGAAGGGGUUUGGGUGGAUGGAUGGCUGACGAACAUGGUUUUGGUUUGCAGCAGAAAACACCUCCACCAGGUUAUGUGUGUCACAGAUGCCAAGUUUCUGGACAUUUUAUUCAGUACUGCCCUACAAAUGGUGAUCCAACCUAUGAAUUUAUUAGAAGAGUAAAGCCACCCACUGGCACUUCAAGAUCAAUGCAAAUAUGGUGAUGAAGAACUGUCAAUGGAGACAACAUUAUAUGGUGCCUAUGGCUAUGGCCCCUUCUCUUGGCUAUAUUCCGUACAUGAAUGGCAUGCAAGCGGACAUGGGAGUGAUUUGUGGAGAUCAAGUCUAACCUUUCUACACUCAUCAAUUAAUGUUCAUAUAAUGUGAAUGUCUCCAGAGACAUGCAUGUUUGUUUCACUUUAUCAUAGGUUACAUAAGCCCUAAAUUUCAAUCCUAGAUCAAAGGCAAUAUUUGUGAAGAAUCAACAUUUUAUUUUAUUUGGAAAGCAUGCCUUUGGGUAUCUGUAAACGGUUUUUUCUAGGUUUAUGUGAGAUUUUGUUGUGUUUAAGUUGUGUUGUUAUUUGUUGGUCAAACAAAAAAGUUGUGUUGUUAUU